GCUAGAUUAAGAUUCCGGCAUUCUCAUACGGUAAAUCUCCACAGGACUCGCUCCGAUCCUGAAGUUUGAUAAACUUGGUAUAGUAAUGAAUACUGCUAUUAAAUAUGGCUUCGUAGGUUUCAGGUUUGAUGACUAUUAACGUUCACCGAGAAGACCUGCUGCCACUACCGGCAAAAUGAACGGAUUAAACAAUCCGGGAGUGGCGCUAUUAAAUGAUGGUACCAGCAUUCAGGUGGCCAACACCAGCGCAUUCCAACGGGCGGCAGAAAAGGAAGCCCUGGAGGAUAAGAAACACCGGGAAACGGAGCUUGCCCAGCAAAUGCAAAAUGCCUUCAACGAUUUGAUAGACGAUGACGACCGAGACGAUACUAUGGACUCGGUGAAUUAUCUUUCAAACUGUUCCGAGCAUCCUGGAGGGUCUCCGCCACCCCUUUCUAUAGUACCAAACCCUUCUAAGGGGCAGCGCUUUCUCGACGGCAUCAAAUCGAUGCAAAAUGGUGGAGCCGGUGGAUUUAUCGGUGAUGGGCUGCAUGUGCAGGAAGCUUCCCACUGGUUCAAAGAUUCCGGCAUUCUCAUAAGAAAAAUCUUCACAGGACUCGCUUCAGUCCUGAAGUUUACUAAACUUGGUACAAUAAUGAAUACUGCUAUUAAAUAUGGCUUCGCAGAUUUAUUUUUCUGGAUCAUGUGA